UCCACAAUGGUCAAUGGGGGACAAUCUGUGAUGAUAAAUGGAGCAUCGAAGGUGCUAGAGUUGCAUGUCGCCAACUUGGUUAUUCAGAUGCUGUCACAACUAUUACUGGAAGUCUUGUCCCUUCUGGUUCUGGACAAAUAUGGUUAGAUGAGGUCGCUUGCACAGGAAAUGAGAAAAAUAUAGAAAGUUGUUCACACAAUGAAUGGGGAAGCCAUGAUUGCUCACAUUCUGAAGACGCUGGAGUAGAAUGCACACUAGAGUCAGGAAAACUCAAGUUGGAAGGGCCAAUGAGUGCAAAUGGAAAAGGUCGUGUUGAGAUUUUCCACGAAGGACAAUGGGGAACGAUUUGUGAUGAUAAUUGGGAUAUAGAAGAUGCCAGGGUUGCAUGUCGUCAGCUUGGCUAUAAGGAUGAUCUCCGAGCUCUCCAAGGGUAUCAGGUUCCUUCCGGCGCUGGACGAAUAUGGUUGGACGAGGUCGCUUGUUCAGGAAGAGAGCAAACUAUAGCAAGUUGUCCUCACAGUGAGUGGGGUAGUCAUGAUUGCUCACAUUCCGAGGACGCUGGUGUUCAAUGUCCUACAACAGGUGAAUCUGGGGCAGUCAGAUUACGAGGGUCAUUGACUGCACAAGGUACUGGUCGUGUCGAAGUAUUUCAUAAAGGACAAUGGGGAACAAUCUGCGAUGAUCGAUGGGAUUUAAGAGAUGCCUGGGUUGUAUGUAGUCAACUUGGUUAUUCAGCUGCGAAGAGGGUUCUUCCGAGGAGCCAAGUUUCUCCUGGUUUGGGAUACAUUUGGUUAAGUAAUAUCGAGUGUAUAGGGACAGAGAAAAACAUCACAGAAUGUUCUCAUCGAGGCUGGGGAAACCAGGAUUGCACACACAAUCAAGACGCUGGCGUUGAAUGCAUUACAACAGUUGUUGCAGGCAAUACUGGUUCAUUGAGGUUGCAAGGACCAUUGAGUGCAAAUGGUACGGGUCGUGUUGAAGUACUCUACAACGGACAAUGGGGGACAAUCUGUGACAAUGGGUGGGAUUUCAAAGAUGCUAUUGUUGCAUGUCGUCAACUUGGGUACGCACAUGCUAUUAGUGAGCUUAAAGGCAGCCGGGUUCCCACUGGUUCUGGACGGAUAUGGCUAGAAAACGUUGCUUGUACGGGAGAAGAACAAAAAAUAACAAGUUGUUCACAUGAGGCAUGGGGAAGUAAUCGCUGCUCACAUUACAAAGAUGCUGGAGUAGAUUGUUCCAACACAGUUAUUGUAGGCAAGUCUGGGUCACUGAGGUUACAAGGGCCAUGGAGUGCAAAUGGAACAGGUCGUGUUGAAGUGCUCUACAAUGGACAAUGGGGAACAAUCUGUGAUGAUGGAUGGGAUAUAAAAGAUGCCACGGUUGUAUGUCGUCAACUUGGUUAUUCAAAUACUGUUAGAAGUCUUUCUGGCAGCCAGACCCACUCUGGUUCGGGACGUAUAUGGUUGGAUGAUGUCGCUUGUACAGGAGAAGAGCAAGACAUAACAAAUUGUUCGCAUAUAGGAUGGAGAAAGCAUAACUGCCACCACUCCGAAGACGCUGGAGUAGAUUGUAGUAUGACAGUUGUUGCAGGCAAAUCUGGGUCACUGAGGAUACAAGGGCCAUUAAGUGCAAACGGUAUUGGUCGCGUUGAAGUGCUCUAUCAUGGACAAUGGGGGAGAAUCUGCGAUGAUAAAUGGGAUAUAGAUGAUGCCAACGUUGUAUGUCGUCAACUUGGGUAUCUAUAUGCUGUUAAAGCGCUUCAAAGCGGCACAGUCCCUUUGGGUUCUGGACGUACAUUCUUUUCUCGCGUCAAUUGCAUCGGAACAGAGCGAAAUAUAACUAGUUGUUCACUUCGACAAUGGGCGGAGAAACACUGCACUCAUUCCGAAGACGUUGGAGUAGAAUGUAGUUCAACAGAAUCCGGGACUCUCAGAUUACAAGGGCCAAUGAGUGCCAAUGGAACAGGACGUGUUGAAAUAUUCCAUAAUAGACAAUGGGGAUCAGUCUGCGAUAAUGGAUGGGAUAUCAAAGAUGCCAGAGUUGCAUGUCGUCAACUUGGCUAUCCAGAUGCCGCCAGAUCUCUUUAUAGAUCUCAGGUUUCACCCGGUUCUGGACAAAUAUGGUUAACCGACGUCCUUUGUACUGGAAAUGAACAGAAUAUAACAAGUUGUUCCUACGGUACUCAUGGAAAUCUUUCUUGCUCGCAUGCCAAAGAUGCUGGAGUAGAAUGCAGUACAACAGUUGUUCCAGGCAAGCUUGGGUCACUGAGGUUAAAAGGGCCAUCAAGUGCGAAUGGUACAGGUCGCGUUGAAGUUCUUUACGAUGGGCAAUGGGGGACAAUCUGUGAUGAUGAGUGGGAUGCAAAAGAUGUUCGUGUUGUUUGUCGCCAACUCGGUUAUCCUGAUGGUAUCAGAGCUCUUCGUAGGAGUCAGGUCCCUUCGGGUACCGGAUAUAUUUGGCUAACUCGUGUCGCUUGUACUGGGGAAGAGCGAAAUAUAACAGCUUGUUCUCAUGAUGGUUGGGAAAACAACCAUUGUUCACACUUUGAAGACGCUGGAGUAGAAUGCAGUACAACAGAGGGUCUUGUUGGUCAGCCUGUGUUACUGAGGCUACAAGGACCAUUCAGUGCAAAUGGCAUUGGUCGUGUUGAAGUAUUCUACAAUGGACAGUGGGGAACAAUCUGUGAUGAUUAUUGGGAUAUAAACGACGCCAGGGUUGUAUGUCGUCAACUUGGUUAUGCAGAUGUGGUGAGAGCUCUUAAAGGCGACGAUGUGCCAUCUGGUUCUGGGCGUAUAUGGUUAGAUAAUGUCGCUUGCACUGGGAAAGAACUAAAUGUAACAAAUUGUUCGAAUCUCGAAUGGGGAAAUCAUGAUUGCAGUCACUCCGAAGACGCCGGAGUAGAAUGUAGUAAAACAGGAAUACCAACUACGAGAAGGACCAAGAAAUUUAGGGAAGAGACAACAGAUUUUAGGAAAUCAAUUCAUGGGACCGAAUGGUAUAUCACCGUGGUCUUUGUUGUCUUAGGAAUUUGCAUUGGAACUUUCCUUUGUGGCUUUGUGUUGUGUUUUCAACGUCGUCGGGUAAGAAAGAGAAGAUCUGGAGAAGAAAACCCUGCACAACAAACAAGUGAUGUUGAUACGACAUAUGAAGAAGUAAAUCUUUCAAAACUGAUAGCGACGAAAAGUUGUGAGCCUAGUGGGUCUGCAGACGACGAAGAUGAAUCAGCUUAUGAAAAUUUGAGUUUGAAAGCAAAUGAACGUACACAACAAAAUUAUUAUUGUAAUAAUUAAAAGGUACAUAAAGAGCCUAUUGAUCUUUGGCUUUAUACAACUAUAUGGGCCAGAAAAAAGGCGCUUAAAAGACGCUCUAAUUAAUUAUUAUGUAAGGCACCUUAAAUAGCUAUAUUAUUCUAGUCCACAACAUGCAUAUAUUAAGAAAACUGUACUGUGCGAUCACAGCAGAAGAGAAAGCAUACUCUGUAUUUUAUAUAUAAUGCAAUUUGGUAAUAACAAAAACACGCACAAUGUGUGACUUCAAAAUGACAAAUAACUGAAUGCGAUUACA